UGCUCAGUUGCACUGGACUGAAACUGGUAGAGCAGUCUGCAAACACAACAAUGCAUUCUGCUACGAUCCUCUUCGGCAUCUUGUUUGGCCUUGUAGUCCAGGCCUACACUCUUCCUGUUAAGAAUUCAACUGCAUUAGACGAAGGAAAAGUGAGGCUGAAAAGAAAAUACUCAGGUGGACUAUCGGAAAAACAUUUGAGCCAUCUUCAUGGGGCAUAUGAAAUUGUAGACCGUGAUGAAAUGACCGCGAUGGAUCAAAUCCUGGAAGUCAACAGGAAGUUCCGAGCCCCAAGAGGACUGACACUGAGAGAAGGAGACAUCGCCACCUCACACAUACGCAGCGCCAUAACCUGCCCUGGAAACAGCUGUCUAUGGCCCAAAGCCAUCGAUGGAUUCGUUUACAUACCCUUCCUCCUCUCCCCACUAUACGAUGACAUGGACAGGAUCACCAUAGAAACAGGGAUGCAGGACAUUUCUUCUGCAACAUGUAUUAAAUUUAUUCCACGCACACAUGAAGCCAACUUCCUUGAUAUUCAGCCUAGAUAUGGCUGCUGGUCAUUUCUGGGGCAGACUGGAGGAAGCCAGACCCUGUCCCUGCAGACCCCUGGGUGCAUGUGGUCAGGAGUGGCUGCCCAUGAGUUUAUGCACGCACUGGGAUUUGUGCAUGAGCAGUCUCGUUCUGACAGAGAUCACUAUGUGUCGAUUAUCUGGAAGAACAUCAUACCAGACCAAAUGCAUAACUUCAGGAAACAGCUGACAAAUAACCUCAAUAGCCCGUAUGACUACAGCUCAGUCAUGCAUUAUGGAAGAUACGCCUUCUCUGAGGACGGCGGGCCAACAAUCAUCCCCAAACCAGAUCCUUACAUUCCCAUCGGCCAGAGAGAUGGGCCAAGCAUGCUAGAUCUUCAUAAAAUCAACGUCCUCUACAGCUGUGGUUCCACCGAGUAACUGAAUGCUGUUGUCUGACUGGUCUUAAUCAGAACAUGGUUCAUCAUGACCUCUGGUCUUCAACAGGUUAAUGUCCAUUAUCAGUCUAAAGCAUUUUAAUUUUCCCUUAAGAACAUCAGAAAUCCUAGUGUGUACCUUUGCAUGGCAUUUUCUCUACUCCACUUUAUUCUAUUAAUCUGCAUUAAAGCUGCCUGAAGGAAAAUAAAGCGACGAGAAAUAACAGAAGACUUCAGUUCUGUGAAACACAUAAUGUCUCUGCUGCUGCUGCUGCUUAUAUCACUGUCUAAUGUCUGAA